AUGCUUGCAGCACGAUUCGCUCCUCUUCUGAGAACCCGGGUGGUGGUGCAGACCGCACCUGGCUUCCAGGCAAUUCGUUCCAUCUCAGCUACAGCCCCAUACAACAAGGGACCUAUCGAUGUGACAAAGGAGACAUUGAAGAAGGCCGACCGGACCGUUUCUAAUGUAGCAGUCAAGGGCAUCAAUACGGGUGAGAAAGCCGCCAACAAGAUUAAGGAUGUCGUUGGCGCCGGUACUAAGCAAGCAAGGGAAAAGGGGGAAGAGGUGAAAGGCGAGGCGUCCGAGUAUGCAGGCAGGGUGAAGGGCGAGGCGGCCGAGUAUGCAGGCAAAGGCAAAGGCAAGGCAGAAGAAGCACUGAGUGAGGCGAAGGAAAAGAUGAAGUAA